AUGGAGAUCGACACCGCAGACGCUGGCCCCCGUGUCACCAUCAGACAGACAGAGCGUGACCAUGUCGACUUCAUCUUGCGUGGUGUCGACUUGUCCGUCGCAAAUUCGCUCAGAAGAACCAUGUUGGCCGAGGUUCCAACUUUGGCAAUAGACUUGGUGGAAAUCGACGUCAACACGUCCGUUCUCGCCGAUGAGUUGCUCUCGCACCGGUUGGGUCUUAUUCCCUUGAUCAGUGAGGGUAUCGAAAACCUCUCUUAUUCUAGAGAUUGCACAUGUGACCAGUAUUGUCCUAACUGUUCAGUCAAGUUGGAGUUGACUGCCAAAUGUGACAGCGACAGCACCAUGAACGUCUACUCUUCAGAUUUGGCUAAGUUUCAUAACGGCUCAAGAUUGGGAGACCCUGUCAUCCGUGACCCUGCCCAGAAAGGUCCUUUGAUCUGUAAGUUGAGAAAACAUCAAGAACUUCGUCUUACAUGUAUUGCAAAGAAAGGUAUUGCCAAAGAGCACGCCAAGUGGUCUCCUUGUGCAGCCAUCGGUUUUGAGUACGAUCCUUGGAACAAGUUGAAGCAUACAGACUACUGGUACGAGGAGGAUGCUGAGGCUGAGUGGCCAAAAUCUGCCAACUGCGAGUGGGAAGAAGCUCCAGACCCCGAGGCUCCAUUCGACUACGACGCUAAACCCGCCAACUUCUAUGUUGAUGUGGAAACAGUUGGUAACUUGCCUCCAAACGAGGUUGUCAUUCGUGGAAUCGAGACUUUGCAGUUGAAGCUUGCAGGUAUUGCUGUGGAGUUGAACAAGGAUACCGUGGAGGCCAACGAUGCCAACACCGGUGGCUUUACCACUUAUGGACGGUCUCCCGGAGGCGCAGGAAACUCGCCUGCCAAUGGGUAUUCUUAUGGCGAGGGUUUUGGCAGCUCUGGGUGGUGA